ACAUCCAAUUUUCACCACUCAAAAAACAAAAAAUUACCUACCACAGAUACUCUUUUUAGUGAUAAAAUUUGCGCUUCAUUUUCAGUAAAGGUUGAUGAAAAUGAAAUAGGAAAAAUCGAAUUCAUAUGUGAUAUUCAAUACAAAGGAAUAGCCACUGAGCAAGUAAAUACUACAGUAAAUGAUCAAUACCAGUUUUAUGGAAACAGAGAGUUGGAUUUUGAGCAUGUUAGAGAAUCAACAGAUAUAACCGACGAGCCUCUUGGAAAUAGAGAGACGGUGUCUCAGAAUAAUAGUAGAAGGGACCAGGUACCUGAAGUAAUUGAAAUAUUAAGUCACGAAGACCAGAUACCCGAAACAAUUGAAAUUUCAAGUGACGAAGCACCUGAAAUAAUUGAGUUAUCAAGUGACGAUGACGAACUGAUAUUUGAAAAAAAUCAAAUAGUUGUUUCUAGAGAUCAAACUCCUGAAACAGCUAUUUAA